AUGUUCUCCAAAGUCCCCGGCUUAUCGGCCUUCUCGAAGGAACAACAUGAGCGACCUGCUGAGGAAGAGGGCGAGUCGCUCACCACUGUACUCAAAACACCAGGACAGCGGGGUGACUUGACCCUUCUCAUUGCCGACUGUACAGAAGCUAUGCGACAGGACAUUCUGAACAUUUUCGAUGCCAACGAAACGGGAGCUACAACGACUCUGACCUCAAAGUCUGACGACCUGCUGGUGUCAACGGAGCCAACAAAGGCUGAGGCUGCUGACAAGGAGAAGCUGAGUCGGGAACUUGCUCAACGGGAGAAGGAAUUGAGUGCCUCACAUAUGCAAGAACUGAAAGAAGCUGCCUUGAAGCACUUUGACGAAUGGCGCAGCAAUGUGAUUCAACGAGUUGGUGAAGUUGUCAACUCACGGGAGGAGGCGCAAGAGCAGAAGGCGAACGCAACGAGCAAGAAGGAGCCAUCUGAACCUCCGGCGUCUCCGCCCGUCAAGUUUCGCGAAGGCUUCAGCUAUGACGAGGGCGUUCGAAAAGCAAUGGAAACUCUGUAUCCACCCAUGCCCAACCUGCUGUCCCAAUUGCCAGAAGCACAACGAGCUCUGAUCUUGCACUCAGUCCUACUCCUACUCUUAAGUCUGGAGCACUACCGGGCCGAAUCUCGAGUACUUCUGCUCCGCCUUACUACAAGUCUUGGCCUUUCGCCUGAUUUCCUGGGCGAAAAUGAGAGCAAGGUAGCCCGUGUGCUGCUGACUGCGGCUGAGAACAUGAACGCCGACGAUGAGACCAAGAAGAAGGCCGAGGAGAAUCAGGGAAGCCGGAAGUGGAAGGUCGGUCUAGCCACAGUGGCAGGUGCGGCACUAAUCGGUGUCACUGGAGGACUUGCAGCUCCUUUGCUCGCAGCUGGCGUAGGAUCCGUCAUGGGCGGCCUCGGCCUAGGUACUACAGUCGCUGCCGGCUAUUUGGGAACUCUUGCGGGCAGUGGUGUCCUUGUUGGAGGCUUGUUUGGUGCUUAUGGAGGUAGGAUGACCGGGAAGAUGAUGGAUGAAUACGCACGCGAGGUUGAAGACUUUGCCUUCCAGCCAGUGAGGACUUACCACAAACCAAGGAAAAUCGAAAAGGAGUUCCGAAGACUGAGGGUUGCGAUCGGGAUCAGCGGCUGGCUCACCGAUGCAGACGAGGUUGUCCAGCCGUGGAAAGUGAUCGGGCCACAACUAGAAGCUUUUGCACUGCGAUGGGAACUUAAAGCUUUAUUGAAUCUGGGCAAUUCAUUGACCACGAUGAUCAAAUCGGCGGCCUGGGGCGCUGCUAAGAAGGAGAUUAUCAAGCGCACGGUUUUCGGAGCGUUGAUGGCCGGACUAUGGCCACUCGGUCUUCUCAAGGUCUCCAGAGUGCUCGACAACCCUUUCGGUGUCGCCAACUCUCGCGCGCACAAAGCAGGUCAGGUGCUCGCCGAUGCCAUCAUCAACAAGGCUCAGGGAGAGCGACCUCUCACGUUGGUAGGCUACAGUCUGGGUGCGAAGGUCAUCUUCUCAUGUCUGCAGACCCUUGCGGAGCGCAAAGCUUUUGGUCUCGUUGAGAGUGUUGUUCUGAUCGGAACGCCAGCGUCAACCACUGCCGCGGAGUGGAGACUCGCCAGAAGCGUCGUAUCUGGACGGCUGGUUAACGUCUUCAGCACGAACGAUUACAUUCUUGGCUUCCUCUACCGCACUCACAGCAUCCAGUACGGUGUCGCUGGCUUGCAAGCAAUUCAGAACGUCAAGGGAAUCGAGAACGUCGAUGUUAGCGACUUCGUCAGCGGACACACCCAGUAUCGUUUCCUCACUGGCCGCAUUCUGAAUCAAAUCGGGUUCGAAGAUGUCGACGUGGAAGCCAUGGCCGAAGAAGAAAAAGCACUUCGAGAACAGGAGGCCAGGGAUGAGAAAGAUCGCACCGACAAUGAGCUCGCAGAGGCAGCUCAAAGUCUCUCAACGAACGAUGAGGGCACUACUCCGGAUGAUGACAAGUACGUGCAAGGUCUUGAGAAGGAGAUCGCCAAGAAGAACGAGAACUCCUACCUUGCGUGGACCAAGCAAUCCAUGGCAGCGGCAGGUUCAUCUGCAUCGUCUGCAUUUGACAGUGCCAGGAACAUGAUAGGAUUUGGGCGGGGAGCUCCAAUACAACAAGGCGAUCAACAGACGCCAGCACCGCAGAGUGCGUUCGGAGAGAAGUCGCCAGAGAAGUUGGCAUAA